GCAAAGACACACUUCCAUUUGGACAAGGGCAUUACACCAAGAGAACUGGUGAGUCAACAUGAAGUUCCUUGUGGUACUAACUCUUGCAGUCUUUACUGGCUGCCAGGCUAACAUUUUCUGGCAAGAGCAUCACAAAACCCGCCUGGAACAGGUGAAGGAUGCCUUCUGGGACUAUGUAGCCAAAGCGACCCACACUGCUGAGGAUGCCCUUGAGAAGAUUAAGCAGUCUGAGAUUGGACAACAGCUCAACACCAAGAUCGUAGAAAGUGCCAACAGUGCCAAUGUCUAUGCUGUGGAACUGCACAAUAAGAUGACCCCUAUGGCCCAAGAGCUCCUGGACAAAGUGACCCAAGAUGCCGAACUUCUCCGUCAGCAGCUCAUGUCUGAUUUGCAGAAUGUCAAUAAGCAACUGACACCCUAUGCUGAUGAGCUCAAUGAGAAAAUCAAGCAGAAUAUUGAGGAUCUUCGCAAGAGUCUGGUUCCAUAUGCUGGUGACCUGAAAGAGCAGUUUGAUCAGAAUUCUGAAACCCUUCGUCAGACCCUCAUGACUGGCACAGAGCAGCUCAAGGAAAAGAUCAACCAGAACCUGGAAGACCUCCGCACCAAAGUCAGCCCUUAUGCCGAUGACCUCCGUGAGAAGGUCAAUCAGCGCGUCCAAGAAUUCCAGCAGAACCUGGAACCCUACACCCAGACCUUCCAGGAGGGGUUUGUCCAGAAAGCCCAAGAAGUCCAAAAGAACCUAGCCCCCUACGCUGAAGAUCUUAAAGAGAAGUUGAACCCCUACACCCAAGAUCUGGAGUCUCAACUGACAUCUCUGUGGGACUCAUUCCGCCAGAAUUUCAACUAAGACACCCGUGCAUGACCUUUGAGCCUGGAAUUGUUCAUUUUACUCUCCUGACUUCAUAGUGAUUGAAUUGCAUUCCAAAAAGAGGACCCAUUGAGUCAACAAGCAAUGCCUUCAAGUGCUAUGAAAAUCUUGGGAGUCUUUUACUAUUUCCAGCAGCUCUUGGCUAUUCUUUUGGAAGAUCUAAAUAGUAACAUUGCUCCACUGAUGAAAGGGAGUGAUUUUAAUAUGUAUGUCUUCUCUUCUUCAUUCGAACCAACCCACAAUGACUCUCCAAUCCACUUAGUUUAAACCAACUGCUCGUUUUCUAAAUGCUAUAAAGUAAAAGCUCACUAUUACAUCUCCUUGCACACCUUACUUUUACUGCGAGAGUGAAUAAUGCUGCUGCUGCUGCCGGCCUCAUUACUAAUAUGUAGAUGUCAAAAAUUGUACAACCAAUAUGCAGCACUGAAUGAUGUGCCUCGCUGCUUUAGGAAUAGGAGCUGCUUGUAUUUCUGUUGAGUAAUUAAAAAAAUCAGUGUUAGUAAAAUCUA